GUCCGUGUAUGUUUAUUCACAUCCGUGUGUGCUUUGACCUCACGGCUGCGUGGCGCGCACACACAACGAUCCGCCCAGGACAUAUGUAGGGCUGUCUUUUAACACAUUUUUUUGAUCAGAAACCGGACGGUGGGAGUUUAAUUGAGUAGGGGACACACACACACACACACAGAGGUAGAGAGAGAGAGAGAGAGAGAGAGAUCGUAGUAUUCAGGCUGUGGGUCUGUGGGGUAUUUAUUUAUUUUUGUUAGCUCUGGUAGCUAGCUCCUUUUUUCUUUAUUCUUUCCUGCUCAUUUUUCAAAAAUGAGGUUAAAAGUUGGAUUUCUCCUUCGAAGUUUACUAGUCAUCGGCACAUUUUUGGGGCUGGUUUUGCUUUGGUCUUCCCUGACACCGAAAGCAGGCGACGAUGACCCGUUUGCAGCCGGAAUGGCAGGAAGAGAUGCAGGUAAACUCUUGCAGCCCAAUCCUCCUAAUAAUGACAUGGCUGACCAGUUCAAGCCGGUCGUUCCUUGGCCCCAUGUUGAAGGAGUUGAGGUUGACCUGGAGUCUAUUCGUCAGAAAAAUGGUGACAAGCCAAACCCUGGAUUUAAAGCCCAGAACCAGCAGAAUGUCAUCCAGAAGCAAUACAUCACCUUCAAGCCCCACACCAAUGUGUUCAGUGAACCUGUGUUGAAGACGGGGAUUCUGGGCAACUUUGAGCUUAAAGAACCUGAGCCUCAUGGGGUUCAGGGUGGACCAGGGGAGGGCAGCAAAACGUUUGUGCUCGGACCAGAGUACAAAGAUGCCGUUCAGGCCAGCAUCAGGGAAUUUGGCUUUAACAUGGUAGCCAGUGACAUGAUCUCACUGGAUCGCACAGUGAGCGACUUGAGGCAUGAAGAGUGUAAAUACUGGCAUUAUGAUGACAACCUCCUGACCUCCAGUGUGAUCAUUGUUUUCCAUAAUGAGGGCUGGUCUACCCUGAUGAGAACGGUGCACAGCGUCAUCAAAAGAACUCCCAGGAGAUACCUGGCUGAGAUCGUCAUGAUUGAUGACUAUAGCAACAAAGUUCAUCUUAAAGAGAGGCUGGAGGAUUACAUAAAACAAUGGAAUGGACUGGUCAAGCUGUUCCGCAACGAGAAGAGAGAGGGUCUGAUUCAGGCCAGGAGCAUAGGAGCCCGCAAAGCCACUCUGGGACAGGUGCUAAUCUACCUGGAUGCUCAUUGUGAAGUUGGACUGAACUGGUAUGCCCCACUGGUGGCCCCCAUUUCAAAGGACAGAACGGUGUGCACCGUGCCUCUCAUAGACUCCAUAAACGGCGAUACUUUCUCCAUCGAGUCCCAGGGAGGCGGGGAUGAGGAUGGCUUUGCCAGAGGAGCAUGGGACUGGAGCAUGCUUUGGAAACGCGUGCCUCUGGGUAGCAAGGAGAAGCAGAGCAGAAAAAAUAAAACUGAGCCUUAUCGGUCUCCUGCCAUGGCCGGUGGACUCUUUGCAAUAGAGAGAGAUUUCUUCUUUGAGCUUGGCCUCUAUGAUCCAGGCCUUCAGAUCUGGGGAGGAGAAAACUUUGAGAUCUCCUACAAGAUAUGGCAAUGUGGUGGGCAGCUUCUCUUUGUGCCAUGUUCUCGGGUGGGGCACAUCUACCGUCUGCAGGGCUGGCAGGGAAACCCACCUCCUGCUCAUGUUGGCUCUUCCCCCACACUUAAAAACUAUGUGCGGGUGGUUGAGGUAUGGUGGGAUGAGUAUAAGGACUAUUUCUACGCCAGUCGGCCUGAGACUCUCACGCUGGCCUACGGGGACAUCAGUACCUUGAAAAAGUUCAGAGAGGAGCAUCGCUGCAAGAGCUUCAAAUGGUUCAUGGAAGAGAUUGCUUAUGACAUCCCCCUACACUACCCACUGCCUCCAAAGAAUGUAGAAUGGGGAGAGAUCCGAGGGUAUGAGACCAGCUACUGCAUAGAUAGCAUGGGCCACACCAAUGGUGGCAAUGUCGAGAUUGGGCCUUGUCAUAGAAUGGGAGGCAAUCAGCUCUUUAGAAUUAAUGACGUUAACCAGCUCAUGCAGUACGACCAGUGCUUGACAAAGGGUGGAGACGGAUCUGCCGUCAUCAUAACGCACUGCAACUUGAAUGAGCACACAGAGUGGAGGUAUUUUAAGGAUCUACAUCGUUUCACACAUGUACCUACGGGGAAAUGCUUGGAUCGCUCUGAUGUCUUACACAAGGUUUAUAUCGCUGACUGUGACAACAGCAAGAGCUCCCAGAAGUGGGAGAUGAACAAUAUUGUGGCCGUUUGAGAGACAGGCUUAACUGUCUCAUGUGUGUGAGAAUAAGGAAUCUUUAAGGAAUAAACACUGACUGGUCUACAGCAACAGGUUUUACCAGUAUACACGUGACUAAUGGAGGCACAUGUUUUAGUCAUCACCAGUAUAACUCUGAUCAUGAACUUUUUUUCUCCAUUGAAGACAAUGUUUACAUCGGAUAAUACCCACUGCAUGGGUUUUUCAUUGGAAUCUGUGGAUUUGAGGGGUCUGCCUAUAAUAAUGUUUUCCCUAUUUCACAGAAGAUAGAAGGUAAAUGAUCUAUACCACUUGGGCUUUUGUUGCUGCUCAAUUAUGAAGUACAGGUUGUCCCUCAAGUACUGAAAUACAUAUAUAUUUUUAACACUGGACCUCAUUAUGUUAAUGAGAUCAACCUGCCACUUGAAUAAUUUUGGUCUUUGGCACAGUGGCACAUUUUUUGCCAUAUUCUAGGGUAAAGCAAAAGGGAAAUUGAGACAAAGGGUCAACAAUGAAAGUGAUAUACAUUUAUUUUUGUCUACUGCAUAGAUGGCUGCUUGGUUGGGGGAAUGGAUGUUUACUUGUUUUUGAAAAUCAAUGAUUGAUUUGCUUUAAUUACUGGACUAAUGUUACUAUGGCAUCAAAAUCAGCUCGAACAAGCGGAGCAAUGUUAUGUCUUUAGGGAAAGAAUGACUGCAUUGUGUACAUUUGUUUUGUACAAUGUAAAUAUUUCUAAAUUAACAUGGAGAUAUGGUGGGCUUCCCAAUGGUGUAAAUAUCUAACUUAUAAUGGUUGUUUUCUCAAGAAAAUAAAUGGAACAU